AUGCCGAAAGAAACUUCUUCCAAAAGUCAAGACCCAAUUUUCACAUUGGACCAGUUUCCGGACUUGCCUUCAAAGUACAAGCUUCAGCAAGUACUAGGCGAAGGGGCGUUUUCUUCAGUCUAUCAAGGCAAGAACUUGGAGACUGAUGAGACCGUUGCCAUCAAGAUCAUAAACAAGUUGAAUUUAACCCAAAAACAGUUGGCCAAUAUCCAUAAUGAAAUCCAUGUUAUGAACACGCUUGCUAACGCUGGAUCCCACCAGAACACACUUAGGUUGAUUGAAUCUUUCGAUACUCCCGAUAACUGCUUCCUUAUUAUCGAGUAUUGUGAUGGUGGAGAAAUCUUCAACAAGAUUAUCGAGUACACAUACUUCUCGGAGCAGUUAGCCAAACAUGUGUUCUUGCAGUUACUCGAUGCCAUCCAUUUCUUGCAUCAGCACAAUGUGGUCCACAGAGAUAUCAAACCUGAGAACCUCUUGUUCAAGAAGAUUCCAUUCCAUCCCCGUCCCGAAGCUGAGUACAAGAAGUCACUUCGGAAAUCAGACGAUGAACUGAAACAAGAUGAAGGAGCUUUCGUUCCCGGAGUCGGUGGUGGAUGUGUUGGUACUAUCAAGCUCGCCGAUUUUGGGUUGGCCAAGCUUCUCAGAUUUGACCCUCUCGCCUCUAAAGGCAAAGCACAGAGCAAUCUCAAAACUCCGUGUGGAACGGCAGGCUACACAGCCCCUGAAGUUAUUCAUUGUGGAGUGGAACGUAAGAGAAAGUUCCACAGCUCCACCUCCAGAAACAACUAUUAUUCCAAGUCCGUCGAUAUUUGGUCCUUGGGUUGCUUUUUGUAUACCAUCUUAUGUGGGUUCCCACCAUUUUAUGAUGACAACCAUGACAUAUUAACUCAGAAAAUUAUUACUGCAAAUUACGUGUUCCUUGAGCCAUGGUGGGAUGAGAUCGGCAAGGAUGCCAAAGACUUGAUCUCUCGCAUGUUGGUCAUCAAUCCAGAACAGCGUAUCACUAUUGAGGAAAUAUACCAGCAUCCGUGGAUGGCUGAUGCUACUCCACUAAAAGCACUGGGAUACUUCCCUGAAGUAUCCCCAGCUCGUCGCUCCCUGUCUACAAUGACUCUUUCCCUUGAGCCUCCUAAAAAGCCAGUUGUUUCGCCUGGCAAUGCUCAUAUGACUGGAGGUCUUGUCUCUCCCGGUAUUGCAAUCAAGCAAGUUUUUAGCAACCCUGCUAUGUCACAUGUCAACUUAAAGCUGUUAGCACUGCUACAACAAUCGGAUAAUGUUGAUCCACAUGAGUUGAAGUUCGACAAAGCAACCAAGUUCCAGAAUAAAGGCAAAUCAAGUUUGCCACGAACUCCAAAUCCUAUUCGCAAUGUCAACUUCAAAGAUGUAUUUGACCCCAAGAUCGGCGACGGAAGUGAUAGCGAGGUGAAUGAUGAAUUUGGUGACGAAUUCGACGAUGAUUUUGAUGAUGAAGAUGACGACGACUACAACCUGGAGUUGGAAUUGAGGUUCCUGGAAAGUGUAGAUGUCUCUGACAUUGAAACCGAAUCGCAGGAUAAAGUUGGAGGAUUAAAGUAUCUUUCGAUUUCAUCCCGGUCUUCGACCGACUCUCUGAAGCUGCAGAAUGAUGAAGAAUACGCUACGAGGUCGUCAUCUGUUAUCAGUGGCAUGAACGGUGACUAUAAGUUCACCUUGAACUUGAAUGACCUGAAUCUCUUGAGGAGACGGUCAUCGACUAAGAGUGGCCACAACCAGGUGUAG